AUGCUGGGCUUCAUCACCGCCGUGGACCUCAGCGGCUACUUCGACCCCGAGGAAGGCGUCUACGGCGAAGACAACGACGACGAAGACGGCGACGGCGAAGACUUCGAAGACUCAGAGUGGGGGGCAUUCGAGAACAUCCCCUGCCUCUGGGUGUGGUGCCCCAUCACGGGCAAGGAGCUGCAACUGCCCCUGGUGCGAUGGUGCCCGUACCCGGAGAGAUGGAGCGCCGCGCUGGUCUGCGCCGCUGACGCUGAGGCCGGCGGCGGCGCGUGCGACCAUCUCGUCGACUGCCACCGCAGGCCGUUCCUCGUCGUCUUGGUGGGCACCGACAAGGACAGCACCUUCUCCUGCGUCUACUCGUCUGCCAAUGGGGCAUGGGGUGACCCGACCUCUGCUCAGAUCCCGCGCUCGCGUGAAUGGCUGGAGACCGUGCCCCCUGCCCGUGUGGGGAACGCGCUCUACUUCCUCUAUCGAGGGAGCGCCAGAAUCCUCAGGUACGAUGUGGCCGCGCGUGGAUUCUCCGUGAUUGACAGACCACCUCCAUGCUCCGUCGACUUCCAGGGGAGCGCUGUGCUCAUGAGCAUGGAGGGUGGUACGCUGGGAUUCGCCGCCGUGCACGAGUACAGGCUGCGGCUGUGGGCGAGGGAGGUAGACCUAUCCAAUAGAUAA